UCAUUGACGAUUAUCAGCUGUUGUCCUUCGUUACAAGAGUUGAAGCCGGUCCCAGAUCAGCUGUGUCAAACACAUGAGCUCUGAGGACGACGAGCACCGGCGACGAACCGCGAGACUAAAAAAAAAUGUCCGAACCAUUAACCUCAACCAAUUCCAAACCGGAGAGCGGAGAUGAGCUGAACAUUGAUCUGCACCCCGCCUCAACGUCAGACAGUGAGAGGCAAUGUGGCAAUGUUAAAGAAAAGCUUCAGACCGACUCUGAAAAACCAAACAAGAUCCACGCAGUCCCGAUCCACCGGCGUCCGGACCUGCUGGUUCCCUGCGCCGACCUGGUCAACUCUGAGUGGCAGAGGAGCCAGGCCGCCCGGGUUCACUCCCUCCAGAAGUCCUGUCCAGAGUUCCCCAUCUGUCUGGUUCUCCUGCUCGGCCACAGACAGACAGAGCAGCUGCUCGGCCACGCAAGACUGUCCCGGGUCGUGGGUCACAGCAGCAGCCUGUUCGUCGAGUCGGUGGUCGUGUCCAAGGCGGAGCGAGGGAAGGGCUACGGCCGGACUCUGAUGGAGGAGAUUGAGCGCUACGCCAAAAGCAGAGGGUUCAAGCGCCUGUGCCUGACCACCCACGAUAAGCAGCACUUCUACGCCCACAUCGGCUAUGUGCUGUCGACGCCGGUGCAGAACGCAGGCGCCAUGGCGGCGUUUGUUCCCAUGGAGAUGCUUCUGAGGUUCUCCAGAAUGCCGAGUGAAGAGGCGAGCGCGCAGAAAGAAACACGGACAAAGAUGGAGGCUCAAGUACCAGAAGGGAGCAGACACUCAGGAGGUGCUUUAGGUUCACCUCCACCUCCCCAUCCUCCUUCAGUCCCUCCUCCACCACCUCCUCCUCCUUCCACUCUUCCACCACCUCCUCCCCCUCCUUCCAUCCCUCCUCCUUCUUCUUCAGUCCCUCCUCCACCACCUCCUCCUCCGUCCUUCCCUCCUCCUUCUCCUUCACUCCCUCCUCCAGCACCUCCUCCCCCUCAGUCUACAGGGCAGCUUGUAGUUCAGACUCUGACCGAAACUCCCUACAGAGACGCCAAAGGAGUUCCCAUCUAUUGGAUGCACAAAGACAUUUGACGAACGCCCAGUCAGAUACAGAUGGGGUUCAUUUGCCCACAUUAAUGCAGAUACGUAUGUUUAUGUGUUCAGACAUCAAAAGAAAGAAACGUAUGUACUAAAGCACACACCAUUGAUGGUCCUUCAGACUCACAGAAAACGAGUAAUGUAGGAGUGUGGAAAGCUUCAGAGAGAGACAUAAAUGUUUUAAUAAACCAAAGAAAUAGAGGAAACACUCCUGCAUUUACACAGUCACACACUUUGUAGUGUCUCUCAAGCCCAGUCUGUAAAGGCUUGUAUCUUGUAUUCAUUUGUGAAUUGUCCCCCUCCGUUUACACAUAUGUUUUGCUCAGUGUUACUUUAGUUUAAUGUCUGAGCUUCACUGUGCAGAAUGAUGUUUGGCACUUGGAGAAUGACAGACAUUGAUCUGCUGCACACCUUAAAUCUGAGUGAGAAGGACUAGAUGUAAUUUCAAGAAUUUUUAGAUUGAAAACUCAAACAAAUGACAAAUUAUUAUUUAAAGUACAUGUCUGUCUGAAGGGGAUAUUUAAGGAGAUUGUGACAAGGAUGGUGUUUGACUGAAAAAGCUUAGUAAAUAUAAUUUGGACUCAUCCAAACAACUCAACCAGUUAAAUUACUUCGAGUACCUCUGCACCUCAGAAAUAUUCCCACAACCCAAUCUAUAUCUGCUGCUAUUACAUUAUGUGAGGCUGUAAUGUUACAGUUGAGUGUGCCUUGUUGAUCUGCCAGAGAAGUGAAACUUUAUUUAAGUUCUAAAGGUUUGUUAUAUUGAUGGAAAUGAUGUAUCUUGUCAAUCUGAUACUUCGGUUAUGAAGAAUUAUGUAAAUAAAGAGAAUUGAAUGGAAUAUUCUUUUGACUUGUGUUUAUUUUACCAUAAUAUAUUACCACAACGAUCAAAUAUAAGCUGACAUUUUGUUUGAAUUAUCUGAGAGUGCAAGGAACCAAUUAAUGGCUAUUUUAAUUGUGUGACACCAGUCU